AUGCCGGUGGUUGGCGUAGCCUCCAAGCUCAGGCAACCCUCCACAGUGGGCACGAAACCGGUGCACACGGCCCUCCCCAUCCCCAGCGCGGUCAGGGCGGCCACCUCGCAGGGCUUCAUGGCCCGGCAGCAGGAGCUCAGGGCAGGUGAGGGCGCCCCGGGGCUCUCCUGUCAGCUGUCAAUCAAGUCUGAGUACCAGCAGCAGAGGACGACUGAAGGGAAGUCCAGAGCUGAAACGGAGGAGAGCAAGAUCUGCAAGAUUUACACAGACUGGGCCAAUCACUACCUGGCCAAGUCUGGCUGUCCACGCCUCAUCAAGGACCUGAGCCAGGACAUCACCGAUGGAGUCCUGCUGGCACAGAUCAUCCAGAUCAUAGCGAAUGAGAAGGUGGAGGAUAUCAAUGGCAGCCCCCGGAGCCAGUCACAAAUGAUCGAAAAUGUGGACGCCUGCCUCAGUUUCCUGGACGCCAGAGGAGUGAAUGUACAAGGGCUCUCAGCAGAAGAAAUCAGGAAUGGCAACCUAAAGAGCAUCCUGGGCCUCUUCUUCAUCCUGUCGCGCUACAAGCAGCAGCAGCAACAACAGCAGCAGUACUACCAGUCCCUGGUGGAGCUCAGCCAGCAGACCAGCAGCACCGCACCGUCCACCAGCAGCCACAAGACACAAGAGAUGCAGUCCAGUCUCACAGCACGAUAUGCAAGUCCUCCGGGCCACAGUGGAAUAGGGUCACCACAGAAGAAAAACACAAGGUUACCGGGGCCCUCUCGGGUACCUGCUGCAGGCAGCGGGGCCUCCAGGAGCCCAGGCUCGUCCAACCUCAACCGUCGCAGCCAGAGCUUCAACAGCAUCGACAAGAACAAGCCUCUUCAAUAUGCCAGUGGCAACGACAGAGAAGCAGUGAGGGGCAUCCCAGUACCCGGCGGGAUGAAUGGGAGCGGCAUUGGUGGGACAGUUCCCACCAGCCUCAGUGGGCAGCAGCUGGCCUCUGCCAUCCCCUCACCUACUGCCGGCAAGUCCUGGCGCAGCAAGUCCAUGAACCUCAAGCACAGCGCCACUUCGUCCAUGCUGGCAAGCCCUACGCACUCACCCUCCACCACCCCUUCACCCCACGCCCCAGAAGGACUUCAACCACACGGAAGUGAUGGAUCAAAAGUAGGGUCAGCUGUCGGUGGUGGACCCCAGAGGUCAAUGCUGGAGAAAUUCCGCCUGAUUAACCCUAGAUCGGCUUCGCGAGCGUCGCCGUCUGUGGCAGAGAUGGCUCUGCAGGAGGAGGAUGACCUGUCAGAGUACGGUGAGGAUGGAUUGACACCCACGGGGUCCGUGUGCAGCAGUAGCAGUAGCAGUGCUACAGCCAAGCAGAUGCCUACCAAGACCCCUGCAUCAUCCCUCUCUGCACCGAGCAAGACUUCCUCUUUGUCCCCUUCCUCUUCAUUUUCAAAAGCUUCUGCCAACGGCAGUAGGUCCAUUGCCCCGUCCAAAGACAAGGAGGACAAAAGCAAGUCUGGGAAAUCUUCUAAGGACAGCUCUCCACCCAAAGAAGAGCGUGAGUCCUUUGUGGACUCCACCAAGAAGACCUCCAAAAUUGCCAGCCUCAUCCCCAAGGGAGGAAAGCCAUCAUCGGGGAAGAAAGAUGGUGGCACCUCCUCGGCUUCCAGCGGCAUCCCGAAGCCAGGACUUAAAGCUCCCACAACAACAACAGCAAAGCCUCAGAGUCAGUCCCAGACCCAAAGCCAGGCCGCUUUGAACAGCACUGGCAACAUGCGGGGAGGAGAGGGCGAAAGAGGCAAGCUGUCGAAAGGAGGGCAGGGUGGGAGUUUCUACAUACAGCGUUCCAUUGCGGGCCCAGAGGGAAAACGGACCAGCAUGACCUCUUCCACCAGCACCUCAGCCCUGUCUGGGUCUACCGGGAUGCUGGGAGGAGGAGGAGGGGGUGGAGGCGGAGGAGCACUGGGAGGGAAUGGAGUAGUUCAGCUUCCUCAGCAGCAGCAGCACAACCAUCCCAAUACUGCCACUGUGGCCCCCUUCAUGUACAGGACAUUCUCAGAAAAUGACUGCACCAUGGUGGCCCCAGCCGACCCCUGCCUCAGCCCCACCAAGGGAGAGCUGGUCUACAGCAAGACAGCCAAACAGUGCCUGGAGGAGAUAUCAGGAGAGGACCCUGAGACAAGACGCAUGAGGACGGUGAAGAACAUCGCUGACCUGCGGCAAAACCUGGAAGAAACCAUGUCCAGUCUACGGGGGACACAGAUCAGCCACAGUACGCUAGAAACAACCUUUGAUACCACGGUAACCACUGAGGUCAAUGGGCGGAGUCUCCCAGCCCUCACCACACGCUCCUCCCCCAUGGCCUGGCGACUGGGCCCAGCACAAACCCCGCGUCUCCAGGCAGGCGAUGCCCCCUCAAUGCCCAGCAGCUAUGCUGCGCCCAGGGCGAGCUCGACGGGUGCUGGCACCACCACUGGCCGCUACAGUGGGCACUCGGACCCCACCAGGUUUGUGUUCAGUGCCCCCCUGAGGCGAGCAGCAGCGGCAGGGGCGAGGGGUGCGGAGCAGGGGGAGAAGGGAGGAGGAGGGCUGGAAGGAGGGAAGCAGAUGGAGGUGGCAGGGUACAUGAGUGAUGGGGACAUCCUAGGGAAGAACGGCCGGAUGGAUGAGAUCACCAGCGGAUACCUUACAGACGGUGGCCUCCAUCUGUAUGCACGGAACCCAGGCCGAGCCUCCGACGUGGCGUCUUCGCGCGAAAUAUCCCAGAGAGGGAGCAAAGAGAUGCAGGGUGACAUAGACAGUUGGGACGACAGCAGCUCGGUGAGCAGUGGUCUGAGCGACACGUUGGACAACAUCAGUACAGAUGAUCUGAACACACCCGCGUACUCUGCUGUCAGCUCAUCACGCAAAAGCAAGGGAGCGCAGUCCCAGAGAGGAAGCAGGUCCAAGCAUGCAGAGCAGGAGGUGAGCAGCAGCUGGGCCGGAGCCGAGGACCUGAAGAAGGUAGAGGAGGAGCUGGACGCAAGCAUGGACCCCAGCAGCAGCUCCUCCCGCUGGAAGCCUUCCUCAUCCUCCUCUUCCUCCCAAACCCAGGGCCAAUAUGAGGACGCCGGUCAGAAGGCAGCCACACUGGCCCAGAUGUCCCAGACGGGCUCGUGGAGGAGGGGCAUGACAGCCCAGGUGGGCAUCACGCCACCCAGAACGAAGGGUGCCUCUGCUGCCCUCAAAACACCAGGCAAAACUGAUGAUGCUAAGGCCUCAGAGAAGGGCAAGGCACCUUCCAAGAGUUCAGCUAGCAUCCAGCGCUCACCAUCAGAUGCUGGGAAAAGCAGUGGAGACGAAGGCAAGAAACCCCCCUCUGGCAUUGCACGCCCACCCACCACAGGCUCAUUUGGAUACAAGAAGAUCCCAGGUCCCACUGGCACCCUAAUUACCUCUAGUGGUGCAACACUCGCCAGCGGCUCAGCGACCCUGGGCAAGGCGCCCAAAUCCUCAGCUGCACUCGGCAAAGGCACAGGCAUCGGCGGUGUGCGGAAGACCAGCCUGGAUGGCUCACAGCCCCAAGAUGACGGCAUUCUGCUCAGCUGCAGUGGCUCCAAAGUGACCCUGCAGUACCGCUCUCUACCCAGACCGGCCAAAUCCUCCAGUGGCGUGGCAGCAGGGCGCAGCGGACAUCGCUCUAGCUCCAGCAGCAUCGACUCAAAUGUCAGCGGCAAGUCAGCUGGUGGGGCAGUGACACAAACGGGCGCCAAACGUAGGGAUGGAAAAGUGGGCUCAGACCGCUCCAGUCCUAUCACAAUAAACCAGACGGACAAGGAGAAAGUGGCGGUGUCAGACCAGGACCCAGCAGCAGGACUAUCCACAUCCCCAAAGUCCAGCCCCACUUCUACUUCAGCAGGCCAGUCAGGCCUCAGGCAGCCAGGCUCCAAGUACCCUGACAUUGCUUCUCCUACUUUCCGCAGAUUGUUUGGCACCAAAGCCAGCAGCAAGGCCAGCUCUCCGGGCACGCCCGACUCUGGCAAGUGCCCCUCAAUACUGGGCAGCCCCCACGGCACGCUGGCAAGGCAGGCCAGUCUGGACUCGCCCUCCUCUGGCACGGGGAGCCUGGGCAGCGCUGGUGGCCUGAGUGGUGGCAGCAGCCCACUGUACGGUAAAACCCCAGACUUGUGCACUGACUCCCCGGCCUCCAGCCCGGCCUCUGGCCUCUCCCUGCCCUCCAACGCUCGGCCCUGGCCUGCCUGUAGCUCAUCAGCUGGCAGCAAGGACACACUGAGCUGCCAAAGCAUGACCAGUCUGCACACCAGCUCUGAGUCCAUUGAUCUGCCGCUGGGCCACCACGGGCCAAAGGUUACACGAACUGGCAGUGUCAAGUCCACCCUGUCUGAGGGCAUGCCUCUUGACAGAAACACGCUUCCCAAAAAGGGACUGAGGUACCCUCCAUCCUCCCGGCAGACAUCACACGAGGAAGGGAAGGAGUGGUUGAGAUCCCAUUCAACAGGGGGGCUUCAGGACACAGGGAGCCAGUCUCCUCUGUCUCCUCCAGGAGCUUCCUGCACCACCACUGGAAAAUACCAUUACUCCAACCUGCUGAGCCCCACUAACAUUAGCCAGUAUAACCUGCCACCAGGCAGCAGCAGCAUGAGCCGCUCCAACAGCAUCCCUGCCCAGGACUCCUUUGACCUGUAUGGAGAGGGUCACCCACUGGGUGGCAGCGCAACCUCCCUGGAGGAACGACCACGGGCCAUCAGCCGCUCUGGCUCCUUCAGGGACAGCACAGAUGAAGUCCAUGGCUCUUCGUUGUCUCUGGUCUCUAGCACGUCUUCGCUGUACUCUGCGACGGAGGAGAAAGCACACUCAGAGGGCCAAACAGUCCAAAAUUCCACGCAAAUCAGAAAGCUGCGUCGGGAGCUGGACGCCUCUCAGGAGAAGGUGGCGACCCUGACGUCUCAGCUGGCUGCCAAUGCUCACCUGGUGGCAGCCUUCGAAAAGAGCCUGAGCAACAUGACCUGCCGCCUGCAGAGCCUCACCAUGACUGCUGAACAAAAGGAGUCUGAGUUGGCUGAGUUGCGGGAGACCAUAGAGAUGCUGAAGACUCAGAACACAGACGCCCAGACGGCUAUCCAGGUGGCUCUCAAUGGCCCUGACCACCUCCACAAAGACCUGCGCAUUAGACGGCAGCACUCGUCCGAAAGCAUGUCCAGCAUCAACAGCGCAGCCAGUCACUCCAGCAUGGGCAGCCUGGGCAAGGACGCCGAAGACAAAAAGAAGAAGAAGAAGAGCUGGGUGGCUGAUUCCAUCCCCGCUCAGUUGCGCAGCUCCUUCAAGCAGGCAUUCAGCAAGAAGAAAACCAAAUCCCAGUCGGCUCAUGAUGAGAUGGAAGAGAUGACCGACUCGCUGCCGUCCUCACCCAAACUGCAGCAUGACAACAGGCAGGGCAGCAUUGCCACGCUGCGUUCUUCGCCCUCCACCACAGACAAGUGCAUUUGCGAUAGCAAGUCCUCCCCUAUUUGGACGCCAAAGAAAAAGCAAAACGGUCAUGUGGUCUACAAGCACAGAUCUCGGCUGUGCGAAUGCACCGAAGCCGAGGCGGAAAUCAUCCUCCAGCUGAAGAAUGAGUUGAGAGAGAAGGAGCUCAAGUUGACAGACAUCCGCCUGGAGGCGCUCAGCUCGGCCCAUCACCUGGACCAGAUCCGAGAGGCCAUGAACCGCAUGCAGAAUGAGAUUGAGACGCUGAAAGCAGAGAAUGAUCGGCUGAAGUCCAGCGGCAACGCCACGCCAACAGCCACGCCCGUCAAGACCGCGCGGCCGCCCUCCGAGACCUCCAGCACCUCCUCGUCCUCCUCGCGUCAGUCCUUGGGGCUGUCGCUCAAUAACCUCAACAUCACUGACACCAUCAUGUCAGAUAUUCUGCUAGAUGACGGCUACGAGGGCAAUCUCCGCAAAGAAGGCCGGAGUGUGCGAAUAGUGGUUACCAUCAGCAGUGGGCCGAAUACCACCAAGGGUAUACAAAGCCACGAGUACCUGAUCGGAUCUAUAGGUGUGAGUGGAAAAACCAAAUGGGACGUCCUGGAUGGGGUCAUCCGACGCCUCUUCAAGGAGUAUGUGUUUCGGGUGGACCCUCUAACCAGCCUGGGCCUCAGCUCAGACAGCAUUGUCUGCUACAGGAUGGGCGAGGUGGUUCGCGCCCACGCCUCCGAAGUGCCUGAGCUGCUGCCGUGCGGCUACCUGGUGGGCGACAACAAUGUCAUCAAGGUCAACCUCAAAGGAGUGAAGGAGAACAGUAUAGACAGCCUGGUGUUUGACACACUCAUCCCGAAGCCCAUCAUCCAGCGGUACCUCAACCUGUUGAUGGAGCACCGUCGUAUCAUCCUCUCAGGACCCAGCGGCACCGGCAAAUCCUUCCUGGCUGCCAAGCUGGCCGAGUACAUCAUUUCCCAGAUGGGGCAGGAGGUCACUGAGCACAAUGUGGCCAGCUUCAACGUGGACCAGAACUCCAGCAAGGAUCUGCGUCAGUACCUGUCCAACCUGGCAGAACAGUGUAACUCUGAGGAGACGGACACGGAGCUCCCCACGGUGGUCAUCCUGGACAACCUCCAUCAUAUCGGCUCCCUCAGUGACAUAUUCAACGGUUUCCUCAACUGCAAGUAUCACAAAUGCCCGUAUGUUAUUGGGACCAUGAACCAGGGAGUUUCUUCCUCUCCUAACCUUGAGCUACACCACAACUUCAGGUGGGUGCUGUGCACCAACCACACCGAGCCGAUCAAAGGGUUCCUGGGUCGUUUCCUGCGGCGGAAGCUGAUAGAGACGGAGAUCGAUAAGAACAUGCGCAGCAAUGACCUGAUUAAGAUCAUCGACUGGAUCCCUAAGACCUGGCAGCAUCUCAACGGCUUCCUGGAGGCACACAGCUCCUCCGAUGUCACCAUAGGUCCCCGUCUCUUCCUGUCCUGUCCCAUGGAUGUGGAAGGCUCUCGGGUUUGGUUCACUGACCUGUGGAACUACUCUCUGGUGCCCUACCUGCUGGAAGCCGUCAGGGAAGGACUUCAGCUGUAUGGCAAAAGGGCAGCAUGGGAGGAUCCGUCCAAGUGGGUGAACGACACGUAUCCGUGGAACGCCGCUUCGCUGCAGCAGGACGGCCAGUCGCUGCUCCAGCUGAGGCCGGAAGAUGUGGGAUACGACGGCUACAGCUCGUCCAAAGAGGGAGCCUCAUCCAAGCAAGUGUCUCAGAGUGACACUGAGGGAGACCCACUGAUGAAUAUGCUGCUACGGUUGCAGGAGGCAGCUAACUACUCCAGCACACAGAGCUGCGACAGCGACAGCACCAGUCACCAUGACGACCAGCUGGACUCCUCGUUGGAGUCGGCCCUAUGAGAGCGAGAGCUGCGCUGGGAGACACACCGGAUCCGUGGACCCCUCGAAAACCUAGGAACAUUUGAACCCCCAUCACUACCGGGCACCACCCCUAUAGUGCACAGAUGUAUGAUAUAUGAAAAGUUUUAUUAUCCAAAAUGGUAUACCCACCAUUUGAGAGCAAACUCCUAUUUUUACAUAAUGAUGGUGCAAUAGUAAAUCAAAUUAUUCUAUGUUUUAAAGAGCAGUCGCCUGCUUGAUCAAAACGAGAAACAAUCACACAGGUUGGAUCAUUUCUGUUCUGCUCACAUCAAAUGUGUGAGCAAAUUUUUAAUGGAUGUAUGACAUUUUAAGAAUACAACUUUUCAUAUAUGUGUAGGCGGGAAGCAUCUGAUGAGGAAACUUAGCUAUGUGAGUAAAUCACAGUCUGUGCUCAGCCACAGUUUGUACUCCAUCAGUUUAACUUUGGGUGUCGAUCUCCAGAGUGUCAGAAAGAAAGAAAGCCAAGAGCGUGACGUGACAAAACUGGAUUUUUGUUUUUUUAAAACCCAGUUAUAUCUUCAGAUGUUUACAAUGGGGGGGCAUGUUAAGUUGUUUAUGUCUUUCCUUGUUUACAGAGGUGCUUCUCACAGACACGCACACACACACACACAAAUACAUACAUACGAAUGCACUUACACACAGGCAGCAGGAGGAGACUUUCCUUUAAUCAGAGGCUUUAAUUGGUUCAAGCCCCUCCUUUGACCAACAAUCCAGCCUGCCAAAGUGUCCUUGAGCAAGGCACUAUCUCUACCACCUCUGGGGUACCUGAUGUCCAACCCUACAUACUGAGGGAGGCCAGUAGGAAAACAGCAGUUUUAAGGCGAUAUAAUGCCCUCUGGUGGCUAUAUUGGAGAUUCUGAUCUCCUCGAAAACAGUGGCCAUGAACCGCUGAUUGUUGAUCUUCACAUACAAAUUGGGUUCAUCACAGAUGCAUCAGACUGAUUUUGUGUUUCAAUAAUGUUACUUAAAGUCAAAAACCAGCUGUUUGUUGUGGAUAGCUGAACCGGCCCCUCACAAGUUACUGUUUUGGAUUAGGGUUUAGGGCUAAAGGACACGGUUUAGUCUAGUUGUUUACGGCUAUAUCACCUUUUUUGUGUCUUUGCUUUUUCUAAACGUAAAUUGUGUGGGCGGGCACUUCUGCAGAGCCAAGAUGGCACCAGGAGUGGUUGAUGUGAGACUUUUGCAAAGCCUCUACAGCCCAGCUAGGAUCACAAGACUAACAUUACUGACACACUCGCACGUGCACACACCCAUCCUGCCCUCAGCUCAGUCGUCAGUUGAGCCUCGUGGUGCUGGUCUCCUGCCCUGAACCUCGUCAGUGUCAGGCACUGCCAAGCCGCUCCUCGCUGCCCUGCAUGCCAACAAGCACAACGAAAGCGCAUUGUCUGUGUGUCAUCCAGCCACAUUGCUACUGUGAAGAAAAAAUGGACAAGUGCCAAUGUUUCCUUUUGAUUUACUGCCAAAUGUGCACACACACACACACGCACACACACACACGCACACAUACACAUACAUACAUGCACACGGACUUCCCAUCACAACGCAGAGCUGACCAUGGUUGUAAACUUAAAUUAAGUUGUUUUUGGCUUUCCUCACUCUGAAGCAUGUUGUCACUUGUUAGCUUUAAACGCACCAUGAGAGUAGCGGGCGGUCUUUGGAUCAGCUGAUCGCUAAACCCCCCCCCCCCCCCCAAACAAUGACUGUCCAAUCAUGCCUGUCCAGCUUUGGAUUUCUGUUCUAAGCAGAGAUACUCAGCAUUUAAAAAGCUGUAGGGUGCUGUCUUUUUUUUUUUUCCAAAUGGACGUCAUGGCUCGUGUUUCAUUGUCUCACUGUUAUGUCAAACAGUAAAUGCAGUUUGAACAUGGCCUAAGACGUUAACGUUAGCAGCUCUUUUACUGAAUUCAGGAAAGUUUACACUCCAGCUAAUAUUACCUGAGAGAAGGCUGGCCAAACACAUUGGUUUAUCCUCAUCAAAGCCUCAUCUCUCGUAUUAAAAGUGAAAAGUGAAAACCUGAAACUUUUUUUCAGCAUCAUGUUUGUAGCCUUACAAGAUCAUCCUUUAAAACAAUUCAGCUGGAAACUAGUGAACUAGCUGAAUUUUCAGAAUUUCAAACAACGUGCUAUCGUCACUGCAGAGGUGCAGAAAUGCAAAGCUUGACAGGCAUAGCAACAGUAACUAAGGAGGUGGGGCUUAACAAAUGGUCAGUUGUGAAUAGCUGAACUCCUGUGUCAGUCUGCUGGCUGUAACAUUCAGAAAGUAUCAGGAAAGCAGUAAACUGACUUCACUCCAGCAUACAUGAAUCAGAGCCGUGACACUGAUCGAUCAGUAAUAUUGAACCGAUUGAUGCAAGCUGACAGUGACUUGCUUGGAACUUUGUGGCACUCAUUUGAUAAGUCGUGUUCAGCGUCUGCAGCCAUCUGGGAUCCAUCAAGUACCAAAAAAAAAAAAGAAUCAAAAAUAUUUUCAGAUGCAAGUUAAACAGAUCAGCCCAGGAGCUGAACAAGGGAACAAUGACAUUGGUGCUUUCUCACUGCCUUAAAUGUGCAAAAGUGUGGGAGGCGUUUUGUUCUCCCAUUGGCUAUAGUGAGAAAAAGUUGGAUGAUGAUGAUCGGCUUCCUGCUGCGUCAAAGAUGCUGCUUGUGGUCGGAAACACAGCCUCUUUUGUUUGUUGUCGCUUCCUCUUCCUUCAAACCGCCCUUUCUUGUUUCUGACAGUUGAAGUAUUAAAGAGUUGAUGCUGUAUUUGAACUUAAAACUGACCAAUAUUGUAAAAAAAAAACGUUUAAAAAAAAAAAAAAGGGUGGGGUAUUUUUUAGUUGUCGUUUUGCGCCCAGUUGAGCUGGGCUCACUUGAGCAGACAGGAGCACAACCAAACCGUUUUGGGUUUUCUAGCCUGAUGAGCAUGUUUUGAAGCUUUUUAAAGAGGAUGCAUUGAGAAGAGACCUUUACCUUUAUGUAUGCGUGUAUUGGACGGAAGCCAUUUUGAAUUUUGAUUGUCCUCUCUUAGUUUAACGAGUGGGUUGGUUUUGCACACUUUGAGGUCGGGGUGGGUUGUAAAUACUUAAGUCUUGCACAGUGAAUCAAAGAUGCAUUCUGCCCUGUUGAUGUUACAAUAUGCUUAACCCGCUGAGUAAAUUAUUGUACUAUGAAAACAGAGAAGAAAAAAAAAGAAAAAGAAAUGCAAAAACUCAACACGCUGUCAGAAACAGGUGUAUGUCUUGUGGUGAUUGGAUGUUUUGCCUAUGCAGGAGGCAUACGGUGUACAGUAAGAAACGGUUUUUAUCUCACCAAAAUCACAGACUGAGAACAGAAAGAAGGCACUUUUCCAGUAUCCCCGCCAUCCUGCCACAGUAUUCUCUGGAUUCUCUCUGUCUUUAGGAAUGCCUGUUGUUCCUUAGAAGCACUUCCUCUCUGGACAUUUUAACCCAAGCAUACCGCCACGUUAGGCUUGCUAGCUGUCCGAGGCACUGAAGCUGACCUGACACCGUACUGUACACAUUUACCAACAACCAACAGGUGCUACUGGUCAGUCAAAGUCUAUCAGAGACCAACAAGUCACAUUGUCACAACCUCAGGACAAUCCUAUCCUCUACAAUCCUACCUGUGUUCAGCUUCACAUGUGUCUCUGCAGCCAAGUCUCCAGCCUUGUGUCUGCAAGGGUGUAUAGUUGCAUGCUAAGGGAGUAGUUACCAUGGUAACAGGUUGCUCCUUAACUUGACAUACACCCAUGUAUCAAACCUGAGCUUAGAUAUCCCACAUUUAACCCUCUCAGCUUCUCUACACUCCUGUUGUAGGCCAUUAGUUCCCAAGCUAGCAGAACUCUGACACCGUUAACAGUGUACACCAUAGUGCUGAUGAUCAACUGGUAAUUUUUCCCACUUACACUUUGCAGUUACAUCUCAGUUGAAAACCAUAGCAUUUACUCUGGUUUGAGAGAAAGUUUUCUUCUUUUUUUUUGGGUGAAACAUUUGUCCUUAAAUGUUUUAUAUUUUGUACAUUUGUAUGUAACAUAUCAUGUAAAUAGACAGAGACAGUGAUUUAACUCAUCUGGAGGAUUUUGUAGUCUUUGUAAAGCCCUAAUAAAUGGUAUUUGGUGUCACACGAGCAAACAACA